AAGCUACAAGCUGCUGCCUGCUUCUUCCUCUCCGCGUUCCAACUACCCAGCCAAGACCAUGGCCUACCGCCGGAAGCAGCAGGGUCCCGUCGGCGCCGACGAUCGCCGGACUCCCCAACCCCAGGGUUCGGCUGCCUCGUCGUACACGUCAAUGGAUAGCAUGCGUGAGCCUAAUAAGCUUGGAUUGUGGGGAUCUUUGGCAAGAAAAGCCAAGGGGAUUCUCGACGAGGAUGCUGCCGCGCACAAGUUCGACGACUAUGGGAAAGGCCAAACCACUCGCAAGCCUGACUCGUCGAUUGGAGCUCAGGCCCCCCAGUCUCGUUGGUCAUUCGACAACUAUGGAGGGACUGAAAGGAGUGAGCCUCGGAAGAGGUCGGAGGCACUCGCUGCUUCUGUCAACCAGUUUGGUGGAAGAAUCAGAAAUGCCUUGGAAGAAGGUCUCAUCAUUGUCGAUAAUAAGACAUCAAACAUAAUUGAGGAAACAAAGAAGAUACAAAUUAGAAGAAAGCCUAAUGGUUCCAGUCCGUAUAUGCAGAACCCUGCUGCAGAUACAUUCACCCCUCCCAGUUUCUCACAGAAAGCUGAAGCUGCAGCCCAGGAGACCCAAUUAAAAGCUUCUCGCGACGUUGCUAAUGCGAUGGCUGCUAAAGCAAAACUUGUACUCCGCGAACUAAAAACCGUUAAAGCUGACCUAGCUUUUGCUAAGCAGCGAUGCAGUCAGCUAGAAGAAGAGAACAAAAUGUUACGUGAAACUAAGCAGAAAGGGGUCAAAACUGAAGAGGAUGAUGACCUGAUCCGAAUGCAACUGGAGGCAUUGCUGGCUGAGAAAUCAAGGUUGGCACAGGAGAACUCCAUGUAUGCCCGUGAAAACCGGUUCCUCCGUGAAAUAGUAGAUUUUCACCAGUUCACUGGUCACGAUGUUGUCUCCUUUCGUGAUAGCGAAACGAAAUACAACAAACCAGAAGAUAGAAGUUACAGCUAUGCAGAAAAUAUGUUUCCAGUGGUUGAUGCUUAUUUGGAUCAGGAAGAAGUAUCCCCUGUGCCCUCCAGGUCAGAAUCUCCAAUUGUCAGCCGGGACGAGCCAUCAUCCCCAAAGUCCAGCAAUUCUGUAAGCAAUGCUGCCAAUUCACCGAGGAACUCCUCAAAGCCAAAUGAGUUGGUACCUGACAAAGAUUGAUGUGUGAAGGCUGGUACCCUGCUUGUUUUGGCUCGCGGCUGUCAUUUGGUUGUGACAGCUGUGCAUGAAGUUUUGUCCAUUCAUUUGUUGACAUCGGUUUGCAGUUGUCGAAUGUAAGUUUAGGUACAGGUUUCUGUGUUUGUGCAAGAUUACGUGGUCUGGAAUUUGCAUAUAGUGUUCAUAUAUAGGGCAAACUUUGCAGUGAUUACCUGGUUUGGAAUCUGCAUGCAUUGUUCAUGUACAGGUAAAGUUUGUACAAUACGGUUUGUUCAUUCAUGCAUGUAGUGUACGGUUGGUGAAAUUGUUUUGUCUGAAUAGGGAAAAUGAACUUCACGUUGAACUUGGAAGAGUGGGUAUAUGUCAUAUGUGUAUGUUGGUAUUGGUAAAUGAUGAUAAUGGAUCAA